AUGUCUUGUCCUAGUGACCGAGUGAUCCAAUCGACCAACGAUGAUGCCACAUAUAGCAAAGCUCACGCUGUUAAAAGAGGAUACUGGAAGGAUCCAUAUAUGCGUUAUUUCUGCCCCGUUGCAACUUCAAAACCUCCAGAAAUUAGCCGUGGCUACUUUAUUCGAACUCAAGCUUUUAAGGCCAUAACAACUCUGUUUAUCAAGACUCUGGGGUGUGAAUGUCAGGUUGUAAACUUGGGUGCUGGCUCAGACACACUCUAUUUUCAACUUAAAGACGCCGAUAUAGUCCCACGUAAGUUCGUUGAGGUGGAUCUGCUACACAACGUCCAGCGUAAAGUUCAGUUGAUUCGGAGCAAGAAACUUUUGGGAGAAGUUGAAGAACAUGCUGCAAUGAAUCUACCACCACAGGGCGACUCACAAUCCAAGAUGAACCCACCUGCGGUACCAGAUACCGUCCUGGAAGCACAAAAUCGGCAUAGUCUCGUCACAGAUACGUACUCCCUGGUCCCUUUCGAUUUGCGUCGACCAGUCGACCAAUUGAUCUCUUACCUCUGUGGACCAAACUCCAGUAUCGGCCUGGACAGCAAUUUGCCAACCCUUUUUCUAGCUGACUUUCCAACACCUCGCGACCGAGAAUGGAUAUCGAAUGUUUCUAAGAUGCGCAUCAUUCAACAUGGAGAUCCUCAAGGUCGACUGAUAGGAAUAAAAAAUCGGUUCCUUCUCUUGCCUCCCCCCUUUUCCCAGGUAAACAUGGCCGACCAGUUUGGGAAAAUAAUGGUGGAAAAUUUUCGUGCCAGAGACUGUGAUCUCCCUGGAUUGUCUGCUUGUCAGUCUUUGAAACAACAAGAGACCCGGUUUUUGGAUGCUGGCUGGCAGAAAGCAAAAGCUUGGACUGUUAAUGAGGUUUAUAAGGCCUUCCCCAAAGCGACACGCCUCCGCUCCGACGCCAUCAAAGACAGGUUUUACGACGGCCUAAAUGCCCUGCUGCGGCGAACUAAAAGCUCAGACAUCGCGGUGGUUCCCGGAGACAUGAAUGCACAAUUGGGCAGGCCUAGUGUAUCUGAGACUCAAUUAGGAGGUCGACAUGGAUUGGACUCGGGAUGCAUACUCUCUCCAUUCCUAUUUAAUUGCGUGAUCGAUCAAAUACUGAAACGAACUGUGGAAGGUCUCCAAAACAAUGGUGUUGAAAUAGCUGCUAACGAAGACCUUGUCGACCUGGAAUAUACAAAUGAUAUCGUUCUCGUCUUCGAAGAGGAGGGAAAGGCGCAGGUGUUUUUGAAUGAACUGACCCCGAAUCUACAAGCUCGAGUCGCGUUUGCUAAUUUGAGACACCUAUGGUGUCAAAGUGGUGCAUCCCUGAAUCUCAAAGACAUGUGUAUUGGGGCAACAGCCCGGGCUGUUUUACAGCAUUGCCUGCUCGGUUUGAGCAACGGAAAGGAGACGGCUCCAGGUCUUUGGCGGCAGUUAGAAAGCGAGUGUUCUGUUGUGCAACGGGGAGUUCUAUCGAAAAACAUGUAUACCGCUGAGGCUGCUGCGGCGGGAUGUGUAGGGGUUUGUAUUGUGCUAAGUCACGGGGCGGAAGUAUCCUUACUCGACUGGAUACCUGUUGAUAAUCGCCUCUGUGCGGUUCGUCUGGCAACGUCUGUGAAGGAGUCUCACAAGCGGCAAGUUGAUAGAUGUCUGUUUAUUGUGUCUGCCUACGCCCCAACUGACUAUAGCUCCGACGCCAUCAAAGACAGGUUUUACGACGGCCUAAAUGCCCUGCUGCGGCGAACUAAAAGCUCAGACAUCGCGGUGGUUCCCGGAGACAUGAAUGCACAAUUGGGCAGGCCUAGUGUAUCUGAGACUCAAUUAGGAGGUCGACAUGGAUUGGACUCGGGAUGCAUACUCUCUCCAUUCCUAUUUAAUUGCGUGAUCGAUCAAAUACUGAAACGAACUGUGGAAGGUCUCCAAAACAAUGGUGUUGAAAUAGCUGCUAACGAAGACCUUGUCGACCUGGAAUAUACAAAUGAUAUCGUUCUCGUCUUCGAAGAGGAGGGAAAGGCGCAGGUGUUUUUGAAUGAACUGACCGAAAUCAUCCUGUCCUUUGGUAUGCACUUUGUAUCCACAAAGUGUAAGGUCAUGCUCCUGGACAUGCAGUCACUGGAUACACCUGGAUACAAUCCAGGGAGAGGAAAUUGUUUUAGUUCUGACUAUAGUGCAACAGAUGAGGUGAAUGUCCGAAUCUACAAGGCUCGAGUCGCGUUUGCUAAUUUGAGACACCUAUGGUGUCAAAGUGGUGCAUCCCUGAAUCUCAAAGACAUGUGUAUUGGGAUACAGCACGAGCUGUUUUCUUUUGUAGCUGAGACUUGGCCUGUUCGGGCGGCGGAAGUGAGAAUUCUUCAGGUGGUCGACAAUCGUUGUCUCGGAACCAUAGCUCGUGUGUGUUGCUGUCGUCUUAUCCGUAACGAGGCAAUUAGAAAGCGAGCUUUCAGUUGUGCAAUGAGGACCUCCAUUGAAGAAUGUGUCCGAAAUCAGGUGCGUUGGUUAAGCCAUGUACUGCUAUGUCGAACCUACGUUUUCCGAAGCGAGUACUGUGUUCCGUGCCCGAUUCAGAGUGGUGGAAUCAACCUUUGCCUGACAGGGGUAGGACUAUCACCGGAGGCUCCUUGAGUCGAACGAGUUGAGAUUCUGGACGAUGUGGAAGUCGCACAACAACUGUUCGAACACUACUGCAUCCUGUUGGCCGUCACCGAUGAUUCGCUGUGCAGCUGGUUACCCAGUUUGGAAGAACCACUCUCGCUGAUUACUUGAUUUCAUUUCCACUCACAAAUACGAUAUACAGCUUCGCUCCUGACUCUAUUUUAUUGUCCACUGAUUGAAGAAAAUGUCAUUCUCG